AAUUUACGUAUUCUAUAAUGUCACCUUAUAAAUACUCAAAAUGAAUUUAAAUUUUUUUUUAACCUUAACAAUAACAAUAUUUGCACAGUUUAAAUUGAUAAAUACAGAACGUGAAAUAUUGGAUAACAAAGAUAAAACUUACUGUUAUCGAUUUACAUGGCUAGGGCCAGCAUUUAAUAAUGAAACAAAUCUCGGUAACACAGAUAUAACAUGUUCAGAUCUAAUAACUACAAAUAAUCAAAAUCCAUGUCGACAGCCUUUCCUAAUUACUGAGGAUGGUACAUACCCAGAUAUGAACUAUGUUUGGGAUAAUUAUGAAGAAACUGUGCGAUGUGAACUUACUUUGGGGCAAUAUUGUAUUCGAUACAGUCAUUUAACUAACGGUGUGGUUCAAAAUAUUACCUACAUGUGUGGUAAAAUUGAUGUACAAAAUGAAGCAACACCAAAGAGAGGCUGUUUUACACAGAAAUUAUCAAACAGACGCGUAAUUGAAAUGUGUUUUUGUAAAACAGCAUCUGGCGAUCCCUAUCCUUGUAAUUCUUCAAUAUCCAUAAACAAAUUUUCAUAUUUAUUAUUCGCA